AUGUAUAAUUUUCAUUUGGAGAGCCUAAAAAAGUUGAAAGCAAUGGCGGUCCGAACGCAGCUGAUAUUCUCUUUCUUCUUCAUCCUUCUCUCUUUCUCCACCGUCGCACUCGCCGAUGAGCAAGACUGCGUUUAUUCGAUGUACGUAAGAACGGGAUCCAUCAUCAAAGGCGGAACGGACUCCAUCAUCAGCCUAAAACUCGAAGAUCUGGAUGGAAACUCCGUCGAGAUCAGCAACCUCGAGACUUGGGGUGGGCUAAUGGAGCCGGGCCACAACUAUUUCGAGAGGGGUAAUUUGGACAUUUUCUCCGGUAGGGGACGUUGCUUGCCUGGCCCUGUAUGUUCCAUGAACUUGACAUCAGAUGGUUCGGGUUCGGGCCAUGGAUGGUACUGUAACUACGUGGAGGUCACCAUGACUGGUGUCCACUCUCCUUGUAGCCAGAAGCAGUUCGCGGUGGAGCAAUGGUUGGCGCUCGACACUUCACCUUACAUCCUCACUGCCGUCAGGAACUACUGUACCACGGAGUCUCCUGUUGAUCGGAAGUCUAGCUCUACCAUGUGAUCUGAUGAUGAGGCUUAUGUAAUCAUUAUAAGUAUAAUAAUGGCUGAUUAGACGGGGUUAAGCUUGAUUAUGUAAGGGGAAAGUUUGGAUCAAAGAUGUUUUUACUCUUUACC